GUGGAUACCUGCCAUGGCGUCACCAGUACCCACCUGUGUAUCACGUCAUGGUCACAGAACGACACUAGGGACCGUACCCGCGGCUGUGCUUGGCUCCCAGUGAAAUAGCCGAGUGUAUUUCCUUUCUCCGACGACUACCAAGAAAUACACGUCUUGCAACAUUCUUUCACGCAAGGAACAGAGGGGAACUUGAGCCCCCACAUUCCCAAACCCCCUUUUAGUGGGGGGAGACGCGUGCGGUGGACUGAAGCUCUGGCUCUGCAGGAUUUGUUCGGCUUUUUGCAUUUUUUGGAGAAUAGGCUACUUUGUUUCGUGCCUUUUUUCGCAGAAAGGAACGCACAGUUUUCAGGGCGGAGACUACACUUGCAACAACAUUGCGAUCUGCGUUUUAGCCUUCAACUCCAGAAUAGCCGACGUAGCCAAGCUGAAAACACGUCGAUUCACGGAUAUUCUUGCGGACGGGCAUUUUUAGCAUUUGCCGAGCAGUUUAACAAAAGAAAGUAACAGAGUUCGUUUUUCGUGUCGCUAAAAUAAUAUCCGAGUGAAGUGCCAGCUGUAGGCUACGUGCAGAACAAGACACAGUUCACCAACAGGAGCCGAAUGUAUUGGUUUAAUGCACUGUGACUCUACAAGUGAUGUUACGCUUUUAGAAUGGGUCACGUGCGACGCUUUGGUUUGAAAAUUUGUAUUUUGCCUAAGACGUCCACAGCCUACAUUUAGGAAAUCGUAAUACUAAUUCGAAUGUAAGUAGCCUACAGUACAAACAGUGUAGUGGCUUACGCGACGUGGACCACUGACUGAGCUGCUAGACUAUUGUUUUUGGUCUGCAUGUGGGACAUUUCGCUUGUGAGCUGCGCACCUUGAGCUGUGUUUACCCAAGCGGGGCUAUACUUAGUUGUGUUGGUCAACAAAACUCAUCUCGUUGGAUCAUGAGGAACUCCGAGGAGGCGGAUGGAUUUGAUGGCGAGGCCUCCAACACGUCGAUGAUCUCUGGGGCUAGCAGUCCCUAUCAACCCACUACUGAGCCUGUGCAUUCGAGAAACGUCCUGGGGGACAUCAGGUGUGACACAGAGUACCUGAAAUCUACCUUCGGAAUUUUAAAAAUAAUUGAAGUGGCCCUCUCCCUCAUCGCCUUCAUCUGCAUAGAGACCAUCAUGCUCUGCCUGCCCUGCGGCGGCGUCUACUUCUUCGAGUUCGUCAGCUGCAGCGCCUCGGUCGUCACCGGCGUCCUGCUCGUCGUCUUCAGCCUCCGCCUCCACGCCAAGGUGCCCCACGUCAACUGGAGCCUCACGGACCUAGUGAACACGGGCGCCUGCACUUUCUUCUUCUUCCUGUCCUCCAUUGUCCUCGCUGCACUGAACCACAACUCCGGGGCCGAGAUCGCCGCUGUGAUAUUCGGCUUCCUGGUGAUGUGCGUCUACGGCUUCAACACGUUCCUGGCGGUGCAGCAGUGGCGUAAGGGCGACGGGCGGUCCGGGGCGACCCAGCCCGGGGAGUACACGCGCGCCCGGACCGCCUCCCGCGGAGAGGUGGAGGCCCAGCCCGAGCUGCAGUGACCCCGCCCCGCUGCGACCGCAGGGGGGAGGGGCCACGGCAGAGCCACGCCCCCCUCCCUCCCUUUCAUUCCCCUUCGGUGGCCCAGGUUUUUGGGGGCGGGUGGACGGGGUUGCGGAAGGACACCUACACAGGCCUCAUCCUCUACCCGGAGACCAUGUCAUCCCACUCGGUCCAGGUCCAGGUCCAGUGGACCGGGUGUGGUUGUGGUCCUCUUGUGCGUUCAGUCUCAUCAGUUCACCUGGAUUAGGGCGGGGCCUUGUAUUUUUUAAACCACUUUUGCUGGGGGACCUAACCUCUAUAUUUCCUAAAGAUUCCGACCGAGUCACUGUAAAGAUUCCAACCCUUAUCUGUACGUCUUUUAAAUUUUUUAAUUUUUUUAAAACACUUUUUAUUUGUCUUAAGUCCCCUGCAAUGAGUGAAUCGGGGAAGCAGACUUGUGUGUUCUAUGCUGUGUUUGGUUAGAGGGAAUUCUGAUCUGAAAACUGGGUGAAGACAUUCCAGCCUCGUCGAGAGCCCGUUCUUCAGAUGUGGCGCUACUCAGAAUGUGACUCCGCGUCAGCGUGUCUGAGCCGUUACUGAACUGAAGGCUCAGGCUUUUUUAAAGGAGUGUGUGACAUGAACUUUGAGUGACCAGUGCUCUGUGACAAUCAGCGUGUUCAAAUUCCUGUUCCUGUUUCCCCUGGCUUGAGCACUAUAUGCCGCCUACAUCCUGUACAGCCAGACCUUUAAAAAUAGCACGCGAUAUCUUAUUUAUGGAAGGUAAAUGGAAAAUCGAUCUUUGCGGUAAAGGUUUUAAUGUAUUUGCGGAUAACGGAAGGACAUCUGCCAUCUCAUUCAAAGUAGAAAACAGCUGAAAGUGUGACAUAAAGAUUAUCCUAGUAGUUUUAUUCAGUGUCGUGUUGAGUGCGGGUGAAGGGGGUGUAAUUGGGGGGGUGAUGAUGAUGAUGCGGUACGCUUUGGAAUUUGGAAAAUGCCGAAGCCACUGUGAAUGUGGUUUAGGGGCUCUCUCAGGACUCGCACGCAGCGCGAACGCUCCCCGCUCGGCUCGUUCCAGCGCGAAGGCAUUUGGAACAAAAAAAAUAAAACGAACCCGCAGAAGUAUCGGUAAGAGUUAUGUCUGAAACGAAGGCGUGUCGCUUGUGAAAACAGCGGUUGCAUGCCGACUGCGUGGAAAAGCCGUUAACCAGGAAUAGCUCGGCUGUAAAUAGCACUUAGGCGCAGCAGUAAAUCGAAUAUUAAAUCAAGAAGUGAGGUGGGUUAUGGGAAGGCAGAGGUGGUGUGUUUGAAACGUCUGCAGUUGUAGCGUGUUCGAGGGGUUUUGUAAUGGGGACCGCUCCGUUUUUGGCGUGUGGAUGCGGCGCAUGUAGUUUAUUUGUGCUGUUUGACUUUGCUGAUGAAGCCGGUCAAGCAGAGAGAAGUUCUUUCCGGUGGCACAAUGUAAUUUGUUGGUAAUUAGAUUUUUAUUGGUGAGCAGCGAAGUUAAAGGAACUGAAGGAGGCCUGUGUUGCGGUUCUAGCCCCUUUUAUGGGCAUGGGCGUGUGUGACGGGUCAGAACUGAGGCCUUGUACACCUGACUGAUUAGGGCUCUGUCCUUCAGUCAGUCAGGCACAGGUCUCUGAAGGAUUUCAAGUCCACGUUUAUGUAUGAUAUCUUUUGUGUGUUUGUGUUUGAGGUGUGUAUGAGAGAGAGAUUGAGUGUGUGAGCGUGUCUGUAUAUGAGAGAGAGUGGGGGUGUGUGUGAGGGAGUGUACGUGUGUGUGUGUGCAUGUCUGCUUGUGUAUGAGUAACUGAGUCUGUGGAACUGAGGGAUCUGUCCUCUGCUGUGUGUAAGACUCCUGGUGGUCUCCACCUCUCCAGACUGUUUGUGCACAUGUGGAUUAUCAUGAGUACAGUGGACCUUUCAGGACCAAUCGUGUCCAUUGUCUGCAGUGCGUUAGCGAUGGCUGCCUGUGUGUGGCCUACAGCCAGCCUACGCUCGCUGCUCGUAUGGACUUUGCACUGUCAAAGGAGGUCAGAUGCUCCCUUCACCAGCGAUGCCUUAGGUUACCGGACACAGGACUGUGGUGUCCUCACUGGACCCAACAGGACCAGCAGGCGCUGUGGUCCAGGUCCACACUCGUCUUAUCCUCUUAUAAAUACACAACUGUGUGACAAAACUUAAAAAGAUUUAUGCUGUGUGUCAAUAUUGUUUUUUUCCACACAAAUAAAGGACCAGGUGUAAUUCCAUAAAUACCUUGAGGGAAGUUACCGUAAAUCAUGUUAUGUUUUUUUGGGGGUUAAGACCAAAAUGUCUCACUUGUGUCUGACACAGUUUCUUGAGUUGUAUGUUUUUAUUUGUUGUUUUUUUAGUGUUUGUCAUAUGGCUUGUUUUAGUGUUAGCUAAUGUCAGUCUAUAUAUGAAUUAAAGGCUUGCCCUGUUAAUAUCAUUGCUUGAGCAAUACCAGUUUUCUCAUGAAAACCAUAAAAUCGUGUUUUAAGCAGUCUAGAAUUUCAGGGCAACAAAGAUUCUGUUUUGAUUCUGAAACUUUAUGUCAAAUGAAGUAGACGAGCAACGGCAGCAGAGAGGAUAUAAUGUUUCAUUUGAAGUGCUUAGCGUGUUAAUGUUGACAAUCUGCUCAUCCGUGAAUGUUGUACACAGAAGCCUUUUAAAGUGAUUAAAAAAAGUAAUACUUGCGUAAUACCUUUCAGUGUAAUGAGACCUGUAGCGCGUCGUUUGGAUUGGGGUUAUCAGUUAUUAAAAUGAUUUUAUCAACGGAGACAUUUUGAAUACCGCUACGUCAGUGUGUACAAAUACUCAAUACUAAAGACUCAAUCAAUGAAGGAUCGUACUACAGCCUAAAAGUAUGAUUGUAAAUGUAUUGUAUCCCUUUUUCACUGUGUUGAGGCUAAACGCUCAUAACCAGCAAGACCGCAGGCCUAACAGGCAAGCCGUCCCUGCGUAUAAUACUAGCUCUCGCUUUCGUGUAGUUGUGGCUCGUGGGACAGUGUCUUGCUAGCAGACAAUUCAAGGUGAAAAUAUUCAGCCAACGGCAUUGAUAUUCUGUAAUGUGUAUAUAUGUUUCCGUAUUUAUGUAACUUCAGAACUUCACCAGAUACCUGCCUCAUUUACCAUGAAGAGAUUCCAUCGCCUGUAUUCAGAAUACAAAUCAAAUUGUCUGGUAGAAUUCACCACAAAGGAUAAACGUGGACAACAUGAGUGUG